CAGAAGCUUCUGCUACUCCGAUCCCCAUCGGGGAAAAUUUUCGUCUCUUUCUCUCUCCCUCCGAGAACCGAUAAAAAGCUUGAAAAACCACCGAAAGCCUCAAUCGCUUUUAAAUUUUAGAGACGUAAAACCAAUGGCGGAUGCUUUGAGCCCUAAUCCGUCAACCACGCCGAGGCAGAGAGCACCCAUGGCUUCUCGUGUUCAAUCUCCGACUAGUCCGUUCCAUUUGGGCUCCAACGACGAUCAACUAGAACGUCCCCAGGCUCGGGAAGAACGUGCGGCCGCUAUCCGCCGCAAGCCCAUUGCCGCUACUGAACCUCCUCCGCCUACCGAUCCCUGUCUCUGUAAGGAACAGGUUAUUGAGUUGUUCCAGAAUUGUGUUAAGCUCUCCAGCGGAAAUAAAAUAAACCGGAAAAACACUUGGGAACUGAACCUUAUAGAUCAUCUUAGUGAGAUUAUUAAAGUUGAAGCACAAGAUGAUGUCGAGACUAAUUUUCAGAAGGCAAGUUGCACACUGGAAGCUGGGGUUAAAAUUUAUUCAUUGAGGGUGGAUUCAAUGCAUUCAGAAGCAUAUAAGGUCCUUGGUGGAAGUAAUCGAGCAGGUCGAGCAGAUGAACAUGCAAUUAACAUCCACCGUGGUGUCUCUCCAUAUCCUAGUCAGUUCGGUGGUAAUAAGGUAGAAUCUGGAAAACCAGAGAAGAGUGAACAUGAUGGAGGACUGUUGGCUAAUAAUAGGAUUCAGAAUACACCUAUGAAGCAGUUUUGUAGACUGAUAAUGGCAGUGUUGUACAAGAUGAGGGCCGUUCUAAGAAAGAAGAGAGGAAGGUGUCGCGCUCUUAAUGUGAAAAAGUUUGAUGUUGCAUUUGCAGUGGAUCCUCUGUAUCAUCAAACAUCUGCACGAUUUGACGAAGGGGGUGCCAAGGGUCUUCUAUUGAAUGAUCUUGGAGUAUAUGGUGGCUGUUUGGUACUUUUUGAUUCAAUGGAAGCACCAGGGAAAUGUAUGGCUAAUGAAACUCGAAAUGAUACCUUGGAUAUGGUUGACCUUUCAUUUGUAAAAGUACACAUUGAGCAGAUGGUUGUCAACAUGUGCAGAGAGGAUCACAUUUCGCCAACUCUGAGGGAUAUUAUCGCUCUGUUUGACAAAGACAAUCAAAGGAAAUCGAUUUCAUUUUCUGUUGGCCCAAAAAUUGCUGAUCAUGUUGUUGCAUCUGUUGAUGGCCGAGUUGAGUUGAACGAUGAUGCAUUUGUGACUUGUAACACUUGGGUAUCCGAUCAUGAUGACAAAGCAAGUGUCAUUGAUGAGACGAAUCCUAGUUUUCCAUGUCACCAUGUGGUGUGUUUUAUAUGUAAAAUGGAAAAUGAUCCAUACACAUUUGAUGAACCUGAUGUAGAUGACAGAUUUGAGAAGGUUGCUGGUUUUUUGUAUUUAGGAUUGGGUUUGACUACGAAACAGAAUGCUUGGGCUGGUCCAGACCAUUGGAAGUAUCGGAAGGCUAAAGAUGAGCCAGGGCAGCAAAGCCCUGAUUCUGGAUCCUUUCCAUCAUGGGGCAAUGAUAGUGUGGUUGAUGGCCAAUUCGAUGAUGGAAAUCUUCAAAGUGAUGUGGAAGACUCAACCACCCUUAUCUCUCAGCCACGCCAGGUAAACAAAAUUGAAGUCCAGUAUGAUAAAACCUCUAAGCAAGUUGAUGUUCAUGCAUUAAAAGAAACACUCUGGAGCCACAUGAGAGAAUCCGAACAGAUGCCUGAAAUUGAUCCCAAAACUAUGGUAUCCUUCAGGCAUGUAUUGGGAAGCUUUCCUGAUGAGUGCCAAGCUGCAGCUUGUAAGGAUAUUUCCCCCCAUUUGUGUUUUAUAUGCCUCUUGCAUCUAGCUAAUGAGCAUGGCUUGACCAUCCAUGAUUGCCCCAGUUUGGAUGACCUACAUAUAUUCUUUCCUCAUGCUGAAGUGCAGGUGCCAUGAUUUAUGCAUAACCAAAUAUGAUCUUGAAAAAAAAAAUCCUAAACGUAGUAGAUGUAACUUAUGUCUCCAAUUGUCAAAAGCUUGUUCUGUCCUUAUGCCGGCUCAAAUACCAAAGAUAAUGUUCAUUCACUAGAUUUGCCCCAGUUUGGAUGACCUACAUAUGUUCUUUCCUCAUGCUGAAGUGCAGGUGCCAUGAUUUAUGCAUAACCAAAUAUGAUCUUGAAAAAAAAAAUCCUAAGCGUAGUAGAUGUAACUUAUGUCUCCAAUUGUCAAAAGCUUGUUCUGUCCUUAUGCCGGCUCAAAUACCAAAGAUAAUGUUCAUUCACUAGAUUUGCCCCAGUUUGGAUGACCUACAUACAUUCUUUCCUCAUGCUGAAGUGCAGGUGCCAUGAUUUAUGCAUAACCAAAUAUGAUCUUGAAAAAAAAAAUCCUAAGCGUAGUAGAUGUAACUUAUGUCUCCAAUUGUCAAAAGCUUGUUCUGUCCUUAUGCCGGCUCAAAUACCAAAGAUAAUGUUCAUUCAAUAGAUUUGCUCGUUUUCUCUUGGUA